UCAAGCCCCCCGCUCGCCACAGCUAGGCCCCUUCCACCUCUCGCCUGCCCGGCCGCCCCUCGCCGCGCGCGCGCUCCCCGAGCCACCAUUCCGCCCUCCAAGAACCGCCGGAGCGACGCAAGACAGGCGGGCCAGUCGCGCCCGCGUGCGCCGGCGCAGCCAUGGCGCGUUCUUGCUCCUGCGCCCUCCGCCUCCUCUUCUUGGCGUCCCUGCUCCUCCUCUGCUCCGCCCCGCCGCCGCCACCGCCACCGCCAGGACGCGGGAGCGCGAGCCCCGCGGAGCUGACGGCCGCCGACGAGGCGGUCCUCGCCAGGAUGUGCAACCCGCGCGCUGGCCCGCGCCCGGCGUGGUGCGAGGAGCUGCACCUGAUCAGGCGGCGCGCCCUGAGGGGAGGCGCGCGGCACCGCCACGGCGGCCACCACCGCCACCACCAGCAGCAGGGCGCGCCCGCGGUGCCGCUGCCCCCGCCGGGCCGCGACGAGGUCGACAUGCGCUACGGAGUCUCCAAGCGGCGCGUCCCCACGGGCCCCAACCCGCUGCACAACUGAGGCGGGCCGGCGACGACGGCGGGGUCAGUUCUUGCUUUCUUGGACGGAUCACCGGCAGGCGGCCGACUGGGUUCUUCAGCGAGGAAAGGAUCGAUCGUCCUCUCUUGUUCCUGCUUUCCGCGGCGGCGCACCCGCUCGACUGCCCGGCCGGAAAGGACUUACAAUGGAGGAUCGAUCGAUCGACGCCUGCCUGCUUGCUCAUACAUCUCUGCGUGCCAGUAACAUAGAUAUAGCAUAUGUAUAGGCCAGUUCUUCUUCUUCUUCUUCCUCCUCGGAAUUCUUGGUUCUUUCGUGUCAUUUUUGCUCUAGUCUUGUAGCAUAAUUUCGCCGUUACCCGGCUCGCGCCAUCAAUCAAUGCAAAGGAAGAAAAAACCGCAAGUUUUUGCGCCGCCGCCGA